AUGGACUUCCUGUUCUGGUUUCUCUUCCUCUUUCAGCUCAGACUGAACCAGGAACUGUCCCAGAAGCAGAUCACAGUCUGCACUAAACUCCACUUCCUGUGGAUCGACUCUAACAGGUGUCCGGAGCUUCUCCCAUCAGCCCCGGGACGCAGAGCUCCGUGGAUCAUUGUUAUUUUUGCGACAUUUCCGUCCGUUUUUUUCCGCCUUGAUUCUCCAUCCCCGGAGCAGCGAGGCAUCCCCCGCGGGACAGACCGCUACAGGUGCCUGAGAGCGGGGUUCGACAGAGUACCAGCCGCAGUGGAGUGUGGACACAUAGUCUCAGAGAUGUACACAGAGUUCCAGAGCUGGUGCCUGAGGACCUACGGAGACUCUGGGAAAACCAAGACCGUGACCAGACCCAAGUACAACAGGAUCCUCCAGACCCUGCAGGGGGAGGAGACCAACCAUGGGCUCCUGCAGAAGAACGGCAGCCACAUCAACGCCAAGUUCAAGUUCUGGGUCAAGUCCAAGGGCUUCCAGGUCGGGACGGGGUCUGAGGGGACUGAGGGGCCGGUGCUCUACGUCCCGGUCAGGACCACGGUGAGUUCCUCUAUAGUCCCUUUAUAA